ACGUCACUGGCAAUUCCAGAAAUGGGCGGGUCUACCUGACUAACUGAACGAGCAAUAUUGUAACUUCACAACAAACUUUAACGGCAGCCCGUGGCUUAUACCCCUACAGCAUGAACGACUGGCAUCUCACUGUGUCUCGCUAUGAGGCACUAGAGGCCUGGGUCCAAAUGUAAUGGCCACACCAAGGACAAGGUGGCUCCUGUCCAUUUUGCUGGUCAAUCUAACAAACUGUCUGGCUGCAGGAGGUCCUCCUGCUCGUCCCUCUCCUCCUGAGUGCUAUAUCCCAUGUGAUGAGAAAAGCUGUGAUGCUGAUAUUCACUGUGCUUGGGAUCCAGGGUCAAACCCUCAGAUCCCCACUAACUACAGCCUGCACUGGGAGCCAGCAAACAGCGGUGAGGGGUAUGUGACCAGUUGGACCAAUUUGAGUGGAUUUAUCAUCAAUCGUGAAAACUUUAUUAACCAUGGAGAACUUCGUGUUUGGGUGGAGGUAAAGAACCAGCACGGUUCUGCCAAAUCUGAGGAGGUUGUUUUCAACACAGCAUAUAUCAUCAAGCCACCACCUCCUAGCAUAACCAUAUCAAAGCAGCAGGAUUCAAUAGAGCUUGAGUGGAAUUCCUUCUGUGGAGAGCUGCAUCUCUCUACGGGAACCUGUGACAUCCGAAAUCGGAUUGAGGGAGACCAGGUUUGGCAUCAGCAUGAGAAUGGAGACCAUCCCUCCUAUACACUGGACGAUCCCCAGCCUGCCACAGUCUACGAAUUUCAAGUUCGCUGUGCCUGUGACACACACUUAACAAGUAACUGGAGUAAAAGCCACAGUAUAAAAUCAGCAGAGAAGGCCCCUGUUGGAGAGCUGGAUAUAUGGAGGGACUGUGGGAUAUCUCCCACAAGCUUUGACUGUGCUCUGACCUGGAAGACGCUUCCUAUAUCUCAGGCACGUGGUGUUAUUCUUGAAUAUCAAGUUAGACUUGUUUACAAUACAGGCAAAAUGGUGCCGAUGAAUGUGCCCACACCGGGGUCAAGCGGCCAGCUGUCGCAGCUGAUGCAAUACUGCCGCACCUUUCUGAAGGACGUGUCAUCAGUCAGUGUAUCAGCCUUCAAUGCGCUUGGUGCCACUGUGCCUUCUCAUCUAGCCAUGCCAGCACCAGGUGAAGAGAAAAAUGAACAAGCUAUUAACCUCGAGAUGCAUGAAGAAAACCUCACUGUGUCUUGGGAUCCCACUAAGCACUCAGAGGAAUAUGUUGUCCAGUACAAACAAGUGGGGUGUCCUCCAGGCCAAGGAUUUGAUUGGGUCAAAGUGCCUGAAAACAAAACAACAGUGUUCCUUAAAGGUCAAUUUAAAAAGCACACACCCUUCAAAGUGUCGCUGUUCACAGUAUCUUCUCACAGCAGGAAAAUCCAUCACCUCUCAUCAGUUUUUGGAUAUUCUCUUGAAGGAACUCCCUCCAGAGUGCUAUCAUUUAAGGCGUUCUCCAGUGGUGCCACUCAGGUGACCGUAGUCUGGGAGCCUGUUCCCCUGUCCAAGCAGAGGGGGGUGAUCCAGUACUACCAAAUAGGAUUUGAUGGAGAAAACGUGUACAAUGUGAGUGCAUCCCCACAGCACAAAAAUUGGACUUUUGAGCUGAAGCAUCUCCGUCCAGGCCAGGAGUAUGAGGUGUGGAUAAGAGCUGUGACUCGGGCCGGGCCUGGGGAAAAUACCACCACGACUUUCAAAAUAACACAGCAUGACAUUGAUGAGAAAUUAAUACCAGUCCUGAUUGUACCAAUUCUUCUGGUUAUAUGCAUUGCUGUUCUAUUGUGUUAUUGUCAAGGAGAAAACAAAGCAUGUCCUCUGGUGCCUUCAGUUUUCUAUGAGAAAGUGCCUGAUCCUGGCAACAGCCACAUCUUCAGACAGAUGAAGCAUCAGAUUAAUGACCACUUCGCUUGGAUCUGCAUACCCAUCCAUGAGCCACAUCCUAAGAUCUCAAUGCUGGAGGUUGUUGAAAUCCAGCCAGGGGCUAACAAGUCCUCCCUGAGGAAAACCUCAGACCCUGAAGGAUUAACUACGCCAAUGGUGGGAGAUGGUUGCUCACAGAUGGACUGCCAAGAUGAUCAGAGGGAGGAUGCUGUCACAGAGGAGGGUGGGAGGACACAACACAGACCUAGAAGAGAGGAGUACAGCAAAAUGGUUGACUCUGAUGAGGAGAAGGACAAGGAGGAGGACAGGGAAGAAUGUUGGAGCUCAUCAGAGGAGGAACAGUUUACAUCAGGUUAUGAAAAGCACUUCAUGCCCUCUGCUCUGGAAGUACUGGAGGUUUGAUGAUGUCUCCGCAUUGCCUCAUGAACAUUCACCUCAGAUGUGUGUUGGUUUUUUUUUUUUAUGUGAAGAAAAUGGUCAAUGUAGGAAUGUGAUUUUAGAUUACGACCCUCUGGGGAGGCUUCUGUAGGAUGUCUCAGGUCAUUGGAAAGACAAAACUAAUGACUGGUCAGCCAGUCCCUCUCUCUGCCCUGUCUUCCACAUUUUGCAUUUGUUUAUUAUCGGUCUUUGGUUUCAUUUCUUUUUUGUUUAACUAUGUGGUUUAUGUGGUUCACUUUGGUUUUAUUUUUACUUUUCCUACUUCAAUUACAUCUCACGCGUCAUCUCUGAUUUUUUUUCAUAUGUGAGGCCUGGUUCUGAAAAUAUAAAGUGAUGAUGGUGUUUUAAGAGGGGAAAAAAAGACACAAAUGCAUAUACACACUGACAAUUUAGACUGUUCAGUAAAUUGUGAUCGCUUUAAAAUCCACUUUGAUCCAGACUGGAGCCCUAAAAUAUAGUAUGCAGAAUCAGGACUGACACUGAUGGCACCUGCUCAACAUGAUUUUAUGUUAAAGCAUCUCAGAAAAACAAUAUUAAUUUCUAGACAUUCAACAUUAGACAUUUAAAGGUAAAAACAAUUACAUUUAAAAUUUUCUAUGAAUUUAAGUCCAGUCAGGUGACACAGUUAAUGCCUUAUCCUUUGGCUUUUUUUGAGUUAUUAAUUGAGCCAGACUUGCACCUAAAACCUGAAAUGGAUUUGAAAUUACAAAGUUGACCAAAGAACCCCUGCACAUUGAAGUCUGUGUAUUGAAACAUUAAAUUGAGAAAAAUAUAUAUCUUACUCCAAAUGUACAAGACAGUGUGCAGGAGUUCUUUGCUCAUCUUCAGUCACCUGAAUGUGAAUGUCAACAUGUCAGGGGCUUUCAUGUAUUAUUUCCCUAUGUAGGCAAAUUAUCUAUAUUUUUUGUUUACAUUGUUGCACCUUAAACUUUAUACUUUGGGGAGCGAAAUGUUUAUUAGACUUAUGCACAAGUGUCAUAUUAAACUGUUUAAUGAGAA